AUGUCGCUGAUCCUCCUACUCCCGCCUUCACUCGCAUCUCAGGUGGGGCGAUUAGACAUCAACGGAGUGCGCCAGUACACGCGGCAGUUGACGGCUGGCCUGGCCUAUCUGCACCAGCACCACGUGGUCCACGGGUUUGUGAGUCCCUCCAGCAUCUUCCUCACAUCCGACGGCCACGCCCGUAUCAUCCAGGGAGAGCCGCUGCAUCGCAUCCACGAGUUCAUUUCUACCAACGACGUGACAGUGGAGAGCGACGACGCCCACACACCAGGGACCAACACACACGCAAACGCAAACAACACCCACACACCCACACACAUGGGCGGUGCAGAAGGCACCACCCCACGCAGGUAA